AUGUACAAUGGUAGUAGUAGCUGUGUCAUCAACAAUGGACAGUCAUCAGAAUGGUUUUCAGUCAAAACUGGAGUCAGACAGGGAUGUGUGAUGUCAGGUUUCCUUUUUAUAAUUGCUGUGGACUGGGUUAUGAAGAAUACCAGCAACGGAAAGAGAACAGGCAUCAGAUGGAAGUUUAUCAACCAGCUAGAACACCUUGAUUACGCUGAUGAUAUUGCCCUCUUAUCUACUAAGCACCAACACCUGCAGGAAAAGACCGAAAGAUUGUGUAAACAUGCUGAAAGUAUUGGUCUCCGGAUCAACACGAACAAGACCAAGGUGUUGAGAAUUAAAAACAAGGAAACAAAUCAUAUCACAAUCAAGGGAAGAAACGUUGAGGAUGUGGACACUUUCACAUACCUUAAUGCUAUUGUCAACAACAGAAGACAUCAAGCACAGACUGAGUUUAGCCAGGAAUGCAUUUGCAAUGCUUAA